AUGUUACAACAAGUUGAUUUCUCAGAGCCGGCUUGUAGAGAAGAUAUAAAGACUGAAUAUGAUCAUGUGGAAGAGUUUGACCAUGACGCAAACAACAACAAAGAACAACUGUUCGGAUGUAUGGAGUGCGGAAAAUAUUUUAUAAACAACUCGGGUCUGCGCAAGCAUCAGAGAACGCACACAGGUGUGAAACCGUACGAGUGCUCUUACUGCGGUAAAAGAUUUGCACAGAGCUCAUCUUGUCUGAAACAUCAGAGAUCCCACACUGGAGAAAAACCGUUUGCUUGUUCCAUAUGUGAGAAACCGUUUGCAUCCAACACGAAUCUACUCCGCCACCAGAUAAUUCACACCGGUGAGAAACCGUUUUCAUGUUCUGAAUGUGGCAAGUAUUUCACGUUUAAAGCAAAUCUGGUGAAACAUCACAGAGUUCACACUGGAGAAAAGCCUUUCACGUGUAUGGAGUGUAUGAAAUCCUUCAAACAAAGUUCUGCUCUUGUCAUACAUCAAAGAAUUCACACAGGAGAAAGGCCCUACCAAUGUCCGUACUGCGGAAAGUGUUUUAAGCAGAAUUCAGCUCUUAUUGUACAUCAGAGAGGUCAUACGGGGGAAAAACCAUACAAGUGUACAGAAUGUUCCAAAUCCUUUACCAAUAAUUCAAGUCUCCUUAAACAUAUCAGAGUUCACACAGGAGAACGUCCAUUUAAAUGCGAGGUCUGCGGUAAAUGCUUUACGCAGAAUUUUUCACUUGUAACACAUCAGAAGAUUCACAUUGGGGAACAACCUUUUGAAUGUUUUGAGUGCGGAAAAUAUUUUAGUAUACAGUCAUCUCUUCAUCUACAUCAGAGAAGGCACAUCGAAGAGAGACCAUGUGUGUGCACCAUGUGUGGGGAAUAUUUUAUAAAUAGCUCAACCCUGCUUGCACACCAGAGAAUUCAUUUAGAAGAAAAUAAUGUAUUAAUUACCUAG